GACAGUUUCCUAAAGACAUCAUAAAUCAAAUACAAGUUUAAAAUAUAACCGUAUAUCUAUAAUUUUUGUGCCUCAGGUUUGUUUAAAAAUAUAUGAGAAGAACAACAUUUUUUUAAACACAUAUAGAAAAAAAGUGGGCUGUCAAAAUUACCGCCAAAAAUUCUUGCAUAUCUAAUUAACAUAAUACGAGUAGAUAUACUUGCAACUCUUUCGUAAUGCUAAUGUAAAAUAAUUUAAACAUAAAUGUUGUAAUUACGCGAAGGUGUAUUUUAUGUACGCAAUUAUUUAGUUUAACGGGCAGUGUAUUGAAUAGAUGAAUUGAUUUGACAGUUUAUUUUUUAAAAUGGAGCGUGGCAAAGGAAGUGCGUUCAUACUGCUUGCUUUCUUCACACGGCUCGCGUACUCUGAAGAUUAUUUUCGAAUGGGCACAAAUACAAAUACGGCCGAUGCUGUGCAGUUUCUUCGGGAGUAUGACAGAGAAGCUUCUGGAAUGUGCUAUAGAGUCACAAUGUCUCAGUGGAAAUUCGUUACCAACAUUACUGAAUACAACCGACGCAGAAUGCUCGAAGAGUUGGCCCUGAGCUCCAAAUUUGAGAAGUUGUCGUGGAGAAAGGCUGCCGCUUUCGACUCGUCAAGAGUGCCAGACCCUCAGGGCCGGAGGCAGUUGGUUAAAAUAGUACAAUCCAGCCGCGCUGCUUUACCAGAUGAUAAAUUUUCCGAGAUUCAACAAUUAAUAACAGAAAUGAAAGAGAUUUACAACUCCGCCAAAAUUUGCCCCUACGGCCAGAAGCCCUACGACGCUCAUGUUCAAAGACCACAGUACCCCGAUUACCAAAUGAUGCAGGCUCACCAGCCGAGUAUUCAGGCAUAUCAGCACUACCCAAGUCACCAGGAAAACCCAGAGCUGGCUAACUAUUGCGAUAUGCAGUUGGAUCCGGAAAUAUCAAGAAUUCUAGCACAUUCUAGAAUAGAAAGCGAAUUGUUGUACGUUUGGAAGAGUUUCCGCGAUCAGACCGGUCCGAAACUGAAGAACAGGUUUAUGAGAUAUGUACAAUUGGCUAACCAAGCUGCAGUUGCUACUGGCUACAGCGACGCUGGAGACCAGAUGAGGGCAGCAUACGAGGACUCGUCAUUCCGAGCCAGCGUCGAGGAGGUAUACAAUCAGAUGGUGCCACUCUACAAGCAGCUGUUCACGUACGUGAGGAGGAAACUGGUGCAGAGGUACGGAGAGACCAGCGUGCGGAGUGAUGGACCUAUACCAGCUCAUUUACUUGGUAACAUGUGGGCACAAAACUGGAAAUCAAUCAUGGACCUAGUGAUGCCGUUUCCACAAUCAUCCAACAUAGAUGUGACAGCCGAGAUGCUGCGUCAGGGGUUUACUCCUUUACGAAUGUUCCAAAUGGCUGAAGAGUUCUACACGUCUAUGGGUCUGAAGCCAGUGCCACCAGAGUUCUGGCGCGGUUCCAUGUUGGUGAGACCGGCGCAGCGCAGCGUCCAAUGUACGGCUAGCGCUUGGGACUUCUGCAACAGAAUUGAUUACAGAAUAAAACAAUGCACAGAAGUGACAAUGCAGGACCUGAUCUCCACACAUCAUGAAAUGGCUCACAUCCAAUACUACCUCCAGUAUGCUGACCAGCCUCAGAUGUUCAGGGAUGGAGCUAACCCUGCUUUCCACGAGGCAGUCGCUAAUGCUGCGGCUUUGUCUGUAUACAACUUGCCGCACUUGCAGCGAGUUGGACUUUAUCAAAACAAGAGUCACGACCCUUAUGAAGUGAGUAUGAACUUCCUGAUGAGUAUGGCGCUGGAGAAGGUGGCAUAUCUACCAUUCGCAUUCAUGGUUGAUCAGUGGCGCUGGUCUAUAUUUGAAGAUGGCGUCCAAAAUAUGAAUACCAGAUGGUGGCAAAUGAAAUUAAGAUAUCAGGGCGUUGUACCACCCAUGUCCAGAUCCGAGGCGGACUUUGAUCCUGGUUCUAAGUAUCAUAUCAUUUCUGACCAAGAGUACAUCAAAUACUUCCUAGCCACCAUCUUGGAGUUCCAAAUCUUCGAGCAACUGUGCACAGCGGCCGGGCAUGUGGGACAUCUGCAUGAAUGUGAUGUAUAUAGAAGCAGGGAGGCUGGAAGAAUACUCAGUGAAAUAAUGCAGCCCGGGUCAUCGAAAUCAGCAUCAGAAAUUAUCAGAACCAUGACGAAAGGAAAAACCAAUAGGAUUUCACCGGAGUCGCUUGUGAAGUACUUCAGACCUCUGGAACUGUGGCUUCGAGUGCAAAACCGUGAUGAGUCGCUCAUAGGCUGGAGCUCCAACUACCACGACGUCGCUUUGUUCGCCCCACAGAGGGCCGGCAGCGACAAUACAUUUGCAUCCACUUCUAUAUUAUGUAUUACUAUAUUGUAUCAUAUGUUAUAG